CACUAAUCACUUCAUUCCCAUGGUGCUAUAAAAUUAGUGGCGCCAUAAGAUUCUGCAUUAGUGUACUGCAGCUAAUCAGCUCUUCAAUAUUGUGAUUGUUCACGGUAGCAAACAUGUCGUGGAUGCUACGAGACCUGUUUGCCCUUGCGCUCCUCCUAGCCAUGUACAUCUCCCCUGCAGAAGGAUUUGCUAAGGCAAGUUGGUCCAGACUCUCACCAAACGCACGCUAGCGAAAUAACUCUGUAUGCCUUUGUUUUCGUAGCUCAUUCCAGUUCUCAGUAAAGUGGUGGUAAAGUACAAUCUGAAGAUAAUCAACGUAACACGCACCAUCAAUAACAUUGACACCAUUACCAACCAAACGGUUACGUUCGAAAUGGAGAUGUUCCGAGAGCUUAAGGACAUGAAGGCAACGUUUUCCUAUUAUGUCGUCGGGCUCGAUGGGGCCUCGCAAAACCACAUCAUAUCACGCACGGUGGACGUGUGUUCCUUUCUGAAGCGCCCAUCGAUGGAUCGGUUCGUGAAGAGCGUGUACGAUCAGAUGCAGCGCAACAAUCGUAUCCCAACCAAGUGCCCGAUCCCGCCCGGACCGUACUACAUUCGCAAUGUUAGUCCGACCAGUGUGCGAAUGCCAGGAUUUUUCCCCGAAAGUAGUUUCAUGUUUGACAACAAUUACUAUUCUGGAAUCAAGUCGGAACCGAUGGUGGAAUGCCGAUUCUAUGGACGGUUGGUGCGUGUAUCGGAUGAUAUGUUGCAGUGAAGAAUUUUGAGGGAACUUUAUGAAAAAUUGGAAACGGAAUAAAACACUGAACAGUAGUUGAAGUAGUAUCAAAUGGAUUGGAAUAAGCAUCUAU